AAGAAGCGCCGCGUUGUUGGCAUUGCGUUGGCACUCUUUGUGGGGUGCCUCCUCGGCAACUGCCUCACGCCCUAUGUGCUCUGGCAGCAGGCGUGCAACCACGCCGGGAAGGACUGCAACCCGCUCAACUUUCUCUUUAGCCAGUGCAUGGGCAUCUACAUCACGUCGACGAUCGCCUUUCUGCUCUACUCGACCGUGCACCGCAUCCGAAAGCGCCGCAUGCCCCGCAGCGCGCUCCGCCCAGCGUACGUCUCGGGCUUGCUCUGGGCGACAGGUCUCGCGGGCCAGCUCCUCUCGGCCGGCAACCUCGGCUUUGACCUCGUCUACCCCCUCACCGCGAUCGGCCCCGCAAUGGUGUCGAUGCUCUGGUCGGCGGUCUACUUCAAGGAGAUUGAAGGCCGCCGCAACAUGUGCAUUCUUGCCGCCGGCACGUGCAUGAUCUUUAUUGGCACGGCCCUCCGCGUCUAUGCGAGUUAA